AAUGCCCCAUGUGGUUUGCAGUAGUGAACUGAAUGUCUUGUUAUACGGGCGUCUCUGCACUGUAGCAACACUGAACUCUCUUUUGAACAUGUCAUACUGUAGAUCGGAAGGAAAAGAUCAGAUUAUAUUUGUGACAAAAGAAGAUCAUGAUACUCCGAGCAAGGCUUUGAUCAGUCUAAGUCCUGAUGAGGAUGAGGAACCAGGUUUGAUUUUACCAAAUGGGGACAUUAACUGGGAGUGCCCGUGUUUGGGAGGGAUGGCAAGUGGACCCUGUGGCGUGCCUUUCCGGGAGGCAUUUUCCUGUUUUCAUUACAGUGAGGCUGAUCCUAAGGGGUCAGAUUGUUAUGAGCAGUUUAAGCAAAUGCAAGACUGUAUGAGCUCCUACCCUGAUGUGUAUCCCUCCAAGGACGAGGAGGAGGAUGAAAACAUUGCAGAAAAACAGGAAGCAGAUGCCUCAGAGACAACAGAGACUGAAAGAGACAAUAUGAUAGAGUCUGAACAAUCAAAACAGUCCACAGUGGAUGUGUCAAAGUCAUGACAAACAAAAGGCACCAUGUGAUUUUUUUUUUUAUUAAUAUGCCAAGAAAGACACCAGAGUACAUGUCCUGAGAUAAAUUUGUGCACAUUCAUUUAGUGUGAGUCAUUACUACAAAGUAGACUGUGGGCAGUGAAGCUUUUAAAUAUCUUAUUAUUAGAGACAGAAGUAUGCGCCAACUUUAAAUGUUUAGCCAUAGGUCGAUAGCUUGAAAAUUGUUAUCUGUGUGAUUAUGUGAUCGAUUUGAGCAAACACAACUUGUUUUGAUGUAAAUAUUACGUAAUAUUUACUAUACAUCUGACAAAGGUGAAUUGUAUGUGUGAUUUAUUGGUAGAGAAAUGGAAGCACAGUGAUUCUAUUCAAAAAUGGGUUAAGAUUUGUUUACCCUUCUGACAAUCUGAAUCGAGUUCACUGACCUCUCAAUUCAUUAUGGCUUAAGUGCCUUAUCUCAUAAGGACCGUGUGUUAUUUGCAUAGUCUAUGGUACAUUAAAGUACAUUAAAGUUCUGAGUUAUUGUUUAUUCCAGAAUUUCUCUAUAGUUUAUAUUUAAAAAAAAAUAUUACCUUCAAAUAGAAGAAUAUGUCCUUGUUUUACUUGCCUAGCCAUUUUCAGCUUCUGCUUUUAAGUGAUGUGAGUUUGAUCCAUCAAGUGAUCCAAGUACCAGAUUAA